AUGCAAAACUUCAAAAUCCCUGAAGAGAAGAAACCAGCGCUGGAGGAGUUCAAAACAUACAUCAAACAGAAUGAAGUGACGGAGACUUUGGAGGACCAGUUGCUCUUUCGCUACUUGUAUACGUCGAAUUUCAAUAAACGAAGCGCUCUGAGUCGAAUUCAACGCCUGGUCGCUUGGAGACGGGACAAUAAUAUCGAUUCGAUAUUGGAAAAUGAAGUUAUCAAGAAGAAUCACGAUACGAUUUCCCGAAUUCUGCUGUACAAAACGCACAAAACAGAUCGCUAUGGAAGACCUUGUACUAUGUUCAAUGUGGGUCAUUUGAAUCUUCGCCAUAUUUUAUGCCGAUAUUCCACAGAGGAAAUCAUCUCUGCUCACAUUUACUACAAUGAAUACAUGGACAAGCUCUCGCGCGAAGCAAGCAAGAAUUUGGGCGUUGACUACGUCGGUAACGCGACAAUUAUCGAUUUAGACGGGCUUUCGCUGUCGCGCCACAUGAAUCUGAAGGCCAUGUCAAUCUUCAAGGAGAUGAUUUUAAUUCACACGUACUAUUAUCCCGAAACGUGUGACGUCAUUUAUGUUGUAAAUUAUCCUCCCAUUUUUAAUUUCUUCUGGAACUUCAUUCAGCCCUGGAUGACGACUCUUCAGAAGCAAAAGCUGAAGCGCAUUCCUCGCCCAGCCAUGCUUCUCGCUUACUUCAAAGCAGAGGAUCUCCCGAAGAUUUACGGCGGUUCCUGCGAGUGUGAAGGGGGCUGCGUACCCGGAAAAGCGAUUAACGAAAAAACUUCCGCGUUUACCGACGUUCUAACUGUACACGGCGGAAGUGCGGAGAAUGUGGAGCUGCCGAUCGCGAGCGGAGAGACGAUCGGCUGGUAUUUCAGCACGCUGGACCGCGAAAUCGAUUUCAAAGUGCUGUUCGUGCAGCAGGGAAAGGAAGUGGAGACGGUGAUGCAGAAGCACGUCAGCACGCAGAACUCGCUGGAGAGCGGGAAGUGGAAGGCGGGAGCGGAUGGAAUGAUGAGGCUGGUGUUCGAUAACUCGAAAAGCUCGUGGGGAAGCUGCAGCGUGAGCUAUGAAGUGAAGAUCGCGAAGGGUGGAGAGGAAUUGGAAGAGGAAGAAGAGUGGAGUGUUUGUUUGAAAAAGGAAUGA